AUGACAUCGCCAGGAAACCACCACGAUGAGCUCCCCGACUCGACCAACCCAGAGUACUCCCUGCUCGGCAAGGACUCCCUCCACCUCUUCUCAGAUGCCGGUUUCGACAUGGACAAGAUCCACUUGAAGCGCAACGCUUCUGUUGCAGCCCUCUACGAGGACGCCAUUUCGAAGGAAGGUGCCGUCAUUGCUUCGAACGGUGCGCUGAUCAACUUCUCGGGCAAGAAGACCGGUCGAUCGCCAAAAGACAAGCGAAUCGUCUAUGAAGAGACGUCGAAGGACGACGUUUGGUGGGGCCCCGUCAACAUCAAGAUGGACGAGCACACCUUCGAGAUCAAUCGUGAGCGAGCCAUUGACUACCUCAACACCCGUGAGGAUAUUUACGUCUUUGAUGGAUUCGCCGGUUGGGAGCCACGCUACCGCAUCAAGGUCCGUGUCAUUUGUGCUCGUGCCUAUCAUGCCCUUUUCAUGCACAACAUGCUGAUCAGGCCCACCCGCGAGGAGCUGGAGAACUUCGGCGAGCCUGACUUCAUCAUCUACAAUGCUGGUCAGUUCCCUGCCAACCGAUUCACUGCUGGUAUGACGUCGACGACCUCUGUGGAGAUCAACUUCAAGCGUCGCGAAAUGGUGAUCCUGGGUACCGAGUACGCCGGUGAGAUGAAGAAGGGAGUCUUCUCCGUCAUGCACUACCUGCAGCCCGUCAAAUUCGGCCAACUCUCGCUCCACUCUUCAGCCAACGAAGGCCCAGACGGAGAUGUGACCCUUUUCUUUGGCCUUUCCGGUACCGGAAAGACCACUCUGUCUGCUGACCCUGUCCGACGUCUCAUCGGAGACGACGAGCAUGUCUGGUCAGACAAUGGAGUGUUCAACAUCGAGGGUGGAUGCUAUGCCAAGUGCAUCGGCCUCUCCGCCGAGAAGGAGCCAGAAAUCUUCAACGCUAUCCAGUUCGGUUCCAUCUUGGAGAACGUCUCCUACGACAAGCACACUCGUGUCCCUGACUACGAGGACUCGAAGCUGACGGAAAACACACGUUGCGCCUACCCCAUCGAAAAGAUUCCCAACGCCAAAAUUCCCUGCAUUGGUGGCCACCCUCACAACAUCAUCUUCCUCACCUGUGACGCCUACGGUGUGCUGCCGCCCGUCUCGAGGCUAUCGCAAGAGCAGGCCCAGUACCACUUCAUUGCCGGCUACACCUCCAAGACGCCUGGAACCGAGGAAGGAGUCAUGGAGCCGUCACCCACCUUUUCCACCUGCUACGGUCAGCCAUUCAUCGUCUGCCAUCCUCGUAGAUACGCCGAGAUGCUGGCAAAGAGGAUGACGCAGCACAAGGCCAACUGCUGGCUUAUUAAUACUGGUUGGGUGGGUGGAAAGUUUGGCAGGGGAAAGCGAUGCCCUCUCAAGUACACUCGAGCCAUUAUCAGUUCCAUCCACUCUGGAGAGCUGGCAAAGGCCGACUUCGAAGAGUUUGAAGUCUUUGGACUGCAGGUGCCCAAAGCAGUGCCCAACGUGCCUGGCGAAUUGCUCCAGCCUCGAAAGGCUUGGAACAAUGAUGAAGCGUUUGGCAAGGAGGUCAAGGCUCUCGCUGCGAAGUUCAAGGACGCAUUCGCCAAGUAUGAAUCCGAUGUCAGCAAGGAGGUCCUUGCGGCUGGACCUAAGGUCUAG